GAUAACUGGUAUCUCGUCGUCUGCGGUUUUUCUCGGCCUAACCAGCCACUAGUGGCGAAAUAGGAGUCCUGUAUGGCUAGCACAGGUCUAGACGACGAUUUCGGAGAAUUUGCUACAGCCGGCUGGAGUGCAGACUUCAAUUUGAGCGUCAAAUCGGACAGUCAAGCUGCAGACAAACACGACGGCGCCACCAACGGGGCAAUUCGAGAUACGUCAAGCGUAUUAGAAACGUUAAAUGUACAUUCACCGUUCGUACAUCCCUGGAACUCAACAGACAAGGCAGCCGGUGACUCAUUUGUCGGCGCCGACGACCAUAGUGGCGGAGGGUUUGGAGAUUUUUCCCGAUUUCAAGGGAAUGGAGACGCUGUGGUAGUCGAUAGUUGGCCUGGCACUCGGCCGGGUAAUAGUGAUGGUACACGUACAGUCGACUCUCAGUCUAGAGUCGAGGUUUCCGCCUGGCCGGGCGAGUUUGUCGGCAGUGUGAGAGAUGAAAGCUCAACUGGAGAAACAGCGUUUGCCGAUUUUGGUGAUUUCAGUUCGGGAUAUGUGAACGAGGGUUGUGGACAUGGUGUAGAAAUGGAGAGACGAAGCUUAUGGCCAACGACUGCAGUAGAGAAGGCGACUGGUGAUGACACCUUCAACGGUGGCAUCGCGUUUGGUGACUUUACUACACCUACUUCGAUCAAAAUCAGAGAGGAGACGCAGAAUGGAUUGGAUCGGGUGUUCGAUGUGUGUCAGACCGAGUCGAGACGUUUGCCCGGUGAUGAGUUUAUUUCGUCAGUCGAUGGGAUGGAAAGAAAUCGGGACGAGAUGAAGACGAAUGUGGACGUGGAUAAUGUCGAAACUGUUAGCUUUAAUGUAAAUAUUCAACCGAAAGUACUACAGACUAGUGACGUAGCCUUCGAUGCCGGUCGCCAUUCUCUCGAAUCGUAUGGAACGUUGCCACAACGUGACAAACAAGAGACAUACAUAGAUGACGACGGUUUCGGUCGAUUUGGUUUAUCGAUGGACGGUCACGGCGAUGCCACGAAGCACAAAAACGCAACAGAAAACGAUGGAUUUGUGGUAGGAUCUGGACCUGACUUUAAUAGUUCAGAGAAAUGUGCUACUCAGUUAGUCAUAACAGACAAAGAAUACACGUACAAUACACAACAUCUGGAGUCUACUACACAGGAACAUACGGAUGGUUUCGGAGAUUUCACGUCGUCUCAAGAUAGACACGAAUUUCCUUCCUCGUCUGCACCGCCUUCUGUAGUAAAGUCUAUAAAUGAGUUAGACAACGCGUUUGGUGAUUUUUCUUCAUCCAACGAAUUUGCUGCUUUUUCAUCGACUUCUGUGGUUCCUUCGUCAACUGGUGCAACAGCAUCUAGCCAAUCGGCGGCAUCUACUGGCAAUACUGAUGAUGAUGGGUUUGGAGACUUUAGUUCCUCAACUGCAGAUGAUUUUGGCGACUUCAGUUCAUCAGUAAACACUGGAAAUGCAUUUAGUCCGGUCGGUUCAACUCAAAGUGCGUUUGGUGUGUUUGCCUCGUCGGCACAAACUCAAUUAGCAGCACAGCCAGCGACACCUCAGUCAAACAUCAGACCAAGCGUACCGCAACUUCACAGUCGACUGGAUUCUGAAUCAGUACAGAACGUGUUGACGUCGACGUUUACGACAUUUGUAGCAUCUGAUGGUGUACAGUCUGGACAGAAAACACUUGAUUUCCAUCUUAGCAGUCAAGAUGGACUAAAGUGGGAUCAACUGAAGACGUUGUCGGAUGAAGUCAAAGGUCGUUUCAACUUAAACGAAUGUCGUACUCAUCAGCAUUUGAUGGACGUGCUGCAUGUGGACGUUCAUGCCGUGUUGUCGCCCGGAUUUGGUGGGGCUCAAUUGCAGUUUUUUGGCGAUGUGGGUUGGCUUGAUUCGGAGCUUUCUCCCGUCAUCAGUGAAAUGGCUGUUCCAGUAGCAAACACUUUACUUGAUCUGUCUGCAUCACCAAUGCCGGCAGCAACAGCACAACCACUACCUCUCAGUCAACAAGCUGUGGAUACCAAUUGGUCUCAAUCGGUUCUACCUGAGAUUACAAACACUGCUCCAAUGGGAAAAGGAGUCGAUGUUGGAAUGCUUGAUUUGGACUUUUUCGGGCCAUCGCCGGCAAGUCCAGCCACUCCUUCUACAGGUGAGAGUCAUGGUGGUUUGGCAAUGGCAGACUUACAAGCACUUGGUCUCUUACUGGAGCCAUCUUCUAGUAAUCUCAGAGCAUCGACAUCUCCCGAACGCAAAGAAACAACUCAAUCAUCAGACCCACUGGCUAAAGUCUUUGCUCUUGGGGGUCAAUCAACGUGGUUUGUCCAAAAUUCUAUGACUAAAGUUGAACUAAGCCCAGAAGCAGCAGCAGUGGUGGCGUCUUUGCCCGAUUUGUCAUUUAUACAUUCGACUGUUCUUAUGUUCCCAAUGCAGUUCAGCUCAAUGGAACAUAGAGUCAGUCAUACAACUGUGUCAGUAGACACAUCCUCAUCUGAUCUGUUAGUAUAGCAUGACAUCUAAUUUUGUAAGACUCGUUUGAUAACAGAUUGUGUAGUUAGUUGUCUAUGUUGGGCAGAGAGUGACUUGUGUGCAUUAACAAGCCCGAUUAUAACCUGCCGCAGAUUGUCUCACUACAACAAAGAAGAAUGUCACUAAUGCAUUCACGUGCCUAUGGUCUGUGGCUUUUGAUUACCCUGGUUAUGUGGUACCAGUUGUGAGACAAGGUUUGCGUGAACUGCAGGGUGAUCUUCUCAGAAUUGCCUGCAUGGAAGACCAACCGGUGUACGCAAACAAAACAAUUGAGACAUUUACUGGG